GAGACGCAGGAGUUCACCGUGAAGGUUAGGCAGGCUCCUGUUCCUCGUCGAAGAACAUCUGAUUCAAGUUUCUACAGUCGGUGAAUGUUUUAGUCUUCAACUAAAAAAAUGACAACGGGAAGGCCUUUCGGAUGGCAAAAACAAAUUCUGCUACUAGCAGUUUUGCCCUGCUGUUGGAGUGUGGAAGUGUCUAUCAAAGAAAAGGAAUACAAGGUGGCAAAAGGAGAUGAUGUUACACUGAUCUGUUCCUUCAUCCCUGCUGUCCCUAUAAAAAAUAACUUUGUCCUGGCAUGGGACGUUGUGGGUAUCCCAUCGAAAGCAGUGGCCUCCUUCUUUUUGAACAGUCCUGUUGACAUCGCUCCAGCAUAUGAAGGAAGAGCCACCCUGGACGUUGAUGUUGACAGGGGAUUAGCGACGCUCCACUUAAAAAAGUUGACCAUGGAAGACAGCCGCCAUUAUCAGUGCAGCGUCAGAAUCCCCAAUGAUGACGAGGGAAAACCGAUCGCCUCUACUUCUGUUUUAGUUCUAGAGCCUCCCUCUAAACCAGCCUGCACACUUCAGGGACAAGCACAGUAUUUCACUGACAUCAAACUCACCUGCAAGUCUGAGGAGGGUUCCCCAGCGCCGGUCUACACCUGGACAAGCUACAGUAUUGAAAACAUUCCCAGACAAUUUCCCCCGAAGACAACACAGGAGGAUGGAGUUCUGUCUCUCUUCAAUAUUACAAAGGAGACGUCUGGCUUCUUUAUCUGUCUUUCAAAAAAUAACAUUGGUUCUGCCAGCUGCAACUUUACCUUAGCUGUAAUGCCUCCCAGUAUGAGCUUUGCAUCCACUGGAAUAAUAAUUGGAGCAGUUGCUGCUGGUCUUCUGGUUCUGGGGAUUGUCAUUUUCUGUUGCUGCAGAAGAAAGAGUAAAAGCGAGGCUGAUGACGAGGGUCCCCAUGGAGAUAAGGUGUAUUAUGACAAAGAAGGUCCUGAAGUGGGAAAGCCAUACAUGGAUGACAAGUCAAACACUGAAAAGAAGAAGCCUAAUCAGAAGGAAGACCAAGAUAUUGCUCCUCAAAGCAAUUACACCACAGGUGGAGCAGGAAAGACAUUUGAUGAUGACCAGCACAGUUAUAAAAGUGGUUUAGAGAGGCACGACGGAAAGGGAAGUGAUAUAGAUUCCCAGCGUUACCAAGGAGAUCGGAAAGAUUAUUAUCGUGGAAGCCGGGACCACCUGGAAGAUCAACGUGAUCACAACGGAAGCCGAGAUCGUGACGAUCAACACAAUCGAUAUGGAAGUCGAGAUUGUCUUGAUGACCAACGAGAUCGCUAUGGCAGUAGAGAUCGUCUUGACGAUCAAAGAGAUCGCUAUGGAAGUCGGGAUCGUCUUGACGACCAAAGAGAUCGGUAUGGAAGUCGGGAUCGUCUAGAUGAUCAGCGAGAUCGCCAUGGCAGUAGAGAUCGUCUCGAUGAUCAACGUGUUCACUGUGGAAGUCGAGAUCGACUUGACGAUUACCGUGAUCAAAACUUGUACCAUGGUAGCCGCGAUCGCAUUGAUCACAGAUGAGUAAUAUAAAAAUUAAUAUGUGGGCGUGCUGUGGUGGCUAGGGGAUAGCGCGACCCAUGUUUGGAAGGGUACAGUAAAGCACUUCGGAGUCCUCUGAGUUGAUAAAGCACUAUACAAGUACAGGCCAUUACCCUUUGAGCUUAUGACAUCAAGAAAGAUACUAUUAUCCAUGGAUGCCUAACGUCUUAAAUGGGACUUUUUUACAUUUAAGACUCAGCAAUAAUUUAGUUUAAAAUAAUUAAUGUUUGUGAUCCAGUCAUACUGAACUCUCCUGCAUGAAAUUCACAACUUAAAGCUGGUUAUUCUUGGUGGCCCGUCUUUCUAUAAUUAAAUGCCAAUUAGGGCAAAGUAAAUAUACUGUGGAUGAAUUCACUGUUUAGAUUUUGUAUACUAAAAUUGUUCAUUAAAUAUAGAAAAUAAUCAUACAAGUGUACAGUUAGUGUCAUUAUCUACCAGUCUAUGGCAUAAUAUUACAGCCACUGAAAGGAAGAGUGAAUAAUUUGUUUCAUUAUGGCACCUAAUCCUCAGUGGGAGCCACAGUGGUUUAUAAAAAUCUCCACAUCCUGAGAAAAUUACAACUUUUUGUGAUGUGAAAUUUGAUUUGAUUGUUUUUCAGUUGAAUUACACAUGAUAUGUCACAUUUAAAUGUGGAAAAGAUUUUGAAGUGAUUUGCAAUGCUGUCAGUCUUGUAUUUCAACAAUGGUGUAUAUAUUUUGGGUGCCUCUGCAAGAUGCAGUAAGAAGAAAUGCAAUGCUCAAAGCUGCUGUGUUGAAAGCUGAAAAUAUUUGCGAGUUUAGGGACUCCAAAAACUGUAUUCACUACAUGACUGGUUCAAUGCAUCUCUAAAACGUCAGUUCUUGCGCGGUGCACCAGGUCUGCAGUGGUCAGUAUCUGUCAAAAGUGCAGAGGAGUGGGGAGCUUCUGCAGCCCAAAGUGAUAAAGGCAUUAAUUGUUAUUCUUAUUGGAAAGUGUCAGAACACAUAGUGAAUUUAAGUUUGUUGCUUGCAAAGAAAUAGAUGAGGGAUGAUUAUGGCAUAAUGUUAUGUUUGCAUGUUGUAUAGCCUGUUUGUGUUAGAAAAAGUUUUUAUACUAAAAUCUUUAAUCAUGUUGGUGCAAAGAGCCAUGGUUAGUGUAUUUUGUAGGUUGACUGUCAACCUACAAAAUAAAAUAUACUGUAUACUGAAAUUUUAACUGAUUAAUUAAGGUUUUGCUUUGGUAAAAGUAUUUAGGCAAUUUAAAUAUAUAUAUUUAGUCCUGUUUUGCAUCUUUUAAUGAAAUUUGGGAAUAAGUUUGUAUUGUGCAUGUAAUCUUAGUUUAUUUUGUAAGUACUAUGUUUUCUUUUUUUCAUGCGUCUAUCACAUAUAAAAAAUAGAUAUAGGAUUUUCUUUUUUGUUCCACAAAAUCCAUGUUAAGUGACUUAAUCAAUCAUUUGUAGUGUUUUUGGUGUAUUUUCUGUGCAACCAAGGUGCACUUUCAUAUCGAAAUUAAUAAAUUACUUUGGUGACAGC